CCUGUUUCAAAACAUUUCAAAUCACUCUCCAUCUCCUCCUCUCACCCCCCUCCUCCGCACUCUCUCGCUCGCAUCCCAGGACCCAGCCGCGCGACCACGACCCCUCCGGCGCUCCCACCGCCGCGUCUCGCCGGCGAAUCGCCGAUACCGCGCAGAGAGAUUGCCCAUGGCGAUGGGUGGCGCGGUGAAAGACCAGCAGCAGCAGCUCCACCCGUGCGACUCGCUUCUCCUCGAGCUCAACGUGAUCUGGGACGAGGUCGGCGAGCCCGACUCGGUGCGGGACAAGACGCUGCUGGAGCUAGAGCAGGAGUGUCUCGACGUCUACAGGAGGAAGGUCGACCAGGCCAACCGCUGCAGGGCUCAGCUGCGGCAAUCCAUCGCCGAGGCCGAGGCCGAGCUCGCCGGUAUCUGUUCGGCCAUAGGCGAGCCACCGGUUCACAUCAGGCAGUCAAACCAGAAUUUACAUGGUUUAAGGGAGGAGUUGAAUGCAAUUAUCCCAUAUUUGGAGGAGAUGCGAACUAAAAAGGUUGAAAGAUGGAACCAGUUCGUUCGUGUCCUUGAGGAGAUUAAGAAGAUUUCAUCCGAAAUCAGGCCUGCAGACUUUGUGCCAUUUAAAACUCCUGUGGAUCAGUCUGAUUUGUCAUUAAGAAAGUUUGAGGAGUUAACGAAGGAGCUAGAAUCCCUUCAGAAAGAGAAGAGGGAAAGGUUACAGCAAGUGAUGGAUCAUUUGAAUACAUUACAUUCCAUAUGUGAGGUGCUUGGUAUUGACUUUAAACAAACAGUGCAUGAGGUGCACCCUAGCCUGGACGAAGCUGAAGGGUCAAAGAACCUGAGCAACACUACAAUCGAGAGACUAGCAUCGGCUGUGAAUAGACUGCGUGAAAUCAAAAUUCAGAGGAUGCAAAAGCUUCAAGAUUUUGCUUCGACAAUGCUAGAACUAUGGAAUCUUAUGGAUACACCAAUUGAAGAACAGCAGAUGUUCCAGAAUGUAACGUGCAAUAUUGCUGCCUCGGAGCAUGAAAUAACGGAACCCAACACCCUGUCGAUCGACUUCCUCAGCUAUGUGGAAGCUGAGGUUUUAAGACUUGAGCAACUGAAAGGAAGCAAAAUGAAGGACCUUGUUUUGAAAAAGAAAUCAGAACUGGAGGAGCACCGAAGACGCGCACAUCUAAUUGGCGAGGAUGGAUAUUCAGAUGAAUUUAACAUUGAGGCUAUUGAGUCCGGAGCUAUUGAUCCUGCAUUAGUUCUGGAACAACUUGAGGCUCACAUUGCAACAGUGAAAGAUGAAGCUUUCAGUCGGAAGGAUAUUCUUGAGAAGGUUGAAAGGUUUCUGAAUGCAUGUGAGGAGGAAGCCUGGCUGGAAGAUUACAACAAAGAUGACAAUCGUUACAAUGCUGGGAAGGGGGCACAUCUGACGCUCAAGAGGGCCGAGAAAGCACGCAUUUUGGUUAACAAGAUUCCGGGAAUGGUAGAUGUUUUGACCACAAAAAUCAUUGCUUGGGAGAAUGAAAGAGGGAAAGAGUUCACAUAUGAUGGUGUACGCCUUCUCUCAACGCUGGACGAAUACAUGAUAGUACGCCAGGAGAAAGAACAAGAGAAGAAGAGACAAAGGGAUCAGAAGAAGCUCCACGAUCAACUCAAAGCUGAGCAGGAAGCUCUCUAUGGUUCGAAACCAAGCCCAUCCAAGCCUCAGAGUAUAAAGAAGGCGCCUAGACACUCGAUGGGUGGUGUAAACCGCAGGGUGUCUAUUGGUGGAGCCACGAUGCAAGCACCGAAAACAGACAUAUUGCACUCCAAGAAUGUUCGUGCUGCCAAGAGAACUGAAGACAUUGCCCAUUUGUCCCCUGCCAGUAGAGGCCUAGACAUUGGCGAUCUUCCCAUCAAGAAGCUAUCUUUCAAUGCCACUGCUCUACGUGAAACAGAGACACCUCGCAAGCCUUUUGCCCAGAUCAUGCCGCCGGCAAGCAGUGUCCCCUCCACUCCUGCACGCUCCGUGACCAAUGACACGGAGGACGAAAACCGAACCCCCAACCCCAAGACAUAUGGAGCAGCACUGAAUCUCAAGACGCCGACCGUGGCGGCUCCGAUGCAGUUGGCGAUGACGCCCACCGUGGCUAACAAGGUCACAGCCGCCCCUGUUUCCCUUGUCUACGAGAAACCGGAGCCAGCAUUGCCGGAGGCGGUCGAGUAUUCCUUCGAAGAAAAGCGGCUGGCCGUCUAUUUGUCCAGAGAAGUUGUUUAGCUGUCAAGACAUGUCAAGAUCUCCACUCUGUGGGUAGGUGAAAGUUGAAAACCUGACUGCAGUUACUUGUGAGAGACUAGCUGUUUGCCUAUGUUGGUCGACGACAGUCGCCCAGCGCUGUUAUGAUUGUUUCUCUGCCAUAUUUGAUUGUUUCCAUACUCAGCAAAGGAAGCUCGCACUUCAGCAGCUUCCGUUCAGUACUGCCAUUUGGUUAGCUAAUUAAGGUAUGUAUAGGUUUCUUUCUCGGCACUGGAUCAUCUUGAAUCUGUUUGAUUAAAUACUAGAUCAGCACUGUUUUUAAUCCA